UAAGAAAUGCAAUAGCAUAAAAAUAUCGUUUUUGUUUUGCCUACGGUAAUUACUACAACAUUUCAAAAAUGAGUUAUUCUAAAAAUCUUUUGAUUAUUAUUUAUCAAGUAUUGCCGUAUUUAGUAUUCACGAAACCGUGCAAUGAUUUAGUGUGCUCAAAUGUAUAUGACCCGGUGUGUGGAGAAGCAACAGCCCUGGACGGACAAAAAGUGACAAAAAUAUUUCAAAACAUAUGCUAUCUUCGGUUGAUGCAAUGUCAAUUCCGAUUUACAGGACUUUCGCAAAUACCAGAUGAAUAUUGCAAUAUAAAAAAGGUGGAAGUUCCUCUUAUAACCGGCCGACGCCUAUAUGACUUCAGCGUCGUUGGCGCUCACCAGGCUUGUAAUCACACCUGCCCGACAUACUGUCUAGAUACAUACGAUCCAGCUUGUGCGCAAAUAUGGUCUAGCAACAUGCAGUCCUACCAUUACAGACCUAUGAUAAACCAUUGCCAUAUUGAUAUGUACUCGUGUGUUGCCGGAGUCAAUGUUACAAUUCAGCCCCUGAUCGGCAAAUGUUACAAAAACCCUUCGGCAAUAAACUUCAUGUUAACAGUGGCAUCGAUGAAAACGUUAAAACUUCUUGACGAACCCCCACCUCAUCCUGCACAAGGCCGUAAUCGAAGAGCUUACUCGUACUCUACAAAUGUGAACCAGUUGUUUAAAAAGGAAAUUAAAGAAUUCGUAAAGAAACUCACAACUAAAAUAAAAACUGUAGUUAAUUGAGUUUA